UAACGUUAAACCAUAGAUUAUACGCAGUAACACAAACGAAAAUGGCGAACUUACAGUAGUGUCACAAUUAGAUAUGUAUUAAAAUAAAUAAAAAUGUUUUCAAUAACAUCUUGUACAUUUUUAUGUGUUUUUUUUGUACUCUGGAGUCCGGAAACAUGUGCAUCAGACAUACCACAUCUGCUCCUGUACAGCCCAGGUGAUGUUCAGUACACAGACGUCCUGGUUAAGAGAGUAAAUGACAAUUUGACCCUCAUUUGUGAGCUGCAAGGGGACAACACAAAGAGGAGAUAUGUCUGGAACUAUGUCGCUUCGGAUCUGGGAAAUGUCACAGAUUUUAAAACACCAUACACAGUGGACACAUUAGCGCCGAGCAACAGGAGUACAUUGUACAAAACAGAGCUCCAGAUCUCGGACAGCGGUCAUUACAUGUGUUCGGCCCCACCAUUCAGUGUUACCAAGUAUAUUGUUGUACAAAAUAAAGGUGCUGUGGGCUGCGCCAGGGGGGCCCUCAGCUGCGGCUUCCGUUGCGUGCUGCCGGCCUACGUGUGCGACGGCCGCACGGACUGCGCCGACGCAGAAGACGAGCACCCCCUCAUGUGCGGAGAGAACGUUUGCAUGCGGUCGGACCGGCUGAACUGCUCGGACGGGCGCUGCGUGCCGGCCGCGGCGUGCUGCGGGGCGCCAGCCGCGCUGUGUCGCCAGCCGGCCUGUUGCAACGAGCACCCUUCCUACUCCAGGCUCGAGGGUCCUAUUGAAGUGGAGUACCCUCAAGUGUUUGAUGACAGACAUGCUCCAGACGACUACGGCUUCAUACAAUCCACCAUCUACACUGUGACCGCCUGCGCCUUGAUCUUCAUGAUAGCGGUGGUGCUGCUGAUAUCGGCGAUAUGCAAGAUGCACAUGAAGCGGGCCGCCCUCCGGAGCUACGCCCACGCGGAGCGCGCCACCCGCCGCCACUACAGUGUCCACUACGCACAGACCCAGCGCUUCCCGCCGUGCUACGAGGCGUCGCGUCUGCUGGAGGACGGGCGGGCCGCCUCCCCCGCGCACUCCCCGCACGACUCGCCCGCCAGACAGAACCUGCAGUGCAAUCCCGGAUGCCCUCCGGCCGCUGAGCUGGAGACCAGACCCGGCUUCGGGCUGGCGAGUCUGUCAGCCAUCUUCUCGUCUAGAUACAGACAGGUCCCACUCCCCCCCGCCGAAGUGGAGAUGAACGCGAUCAGGGCCUCCUCGACCAGCUCCAGCAUCCAAAACUACCGGAGCCCCACGUACUGCGACCUCCAAGAGGAGCUGUUCGCGAGCCCAGAGUCUCAGGCCACGGGCAGGGACCUCAACUACAUGGCCGCCCCGCUGGAACUGUUCCGCAGACGAGCGAGGAGCUCGCUAGACCGACAGCGCCUGACGUUGCAGCUGGGCCGGUUCCAGUUGACGCUACCCUUCCGGGACCGGAGACCGGACACGCCCAACGUUUCUGAAGUCGACGACGAGGACACGUACACGCUCAACGGCAGGACCAUCCGGCUGCUGGGCGCCGACCUGGAGAACUACCCGGUCGUUUCAGACGGCAUCGCGAGGCCGCCGCCCUACGCGGAGGCGGUUCGCUACAAGCUCUUCGGGCCGCCGCCAGAGUACCUCAGCAGGGAAGCGCUGAAUCUUAGGGUCGAUAUGGAGGCGAGGACCAACGUGGAGAUGCCGCCGCGCUACGACGAUCUAGCGUCGGGCGCCUCCUCCGACAACCAACCGCGAGCCCCGGAGAGUAACGGAGUCGCCCCCACCCUGAGCUCGGUCAUCGACGACCUGCCGGAUAUCGACAAUGACGCGCCCGGCACUGCCUCCUCUCUGGCGCCGCACUAGCGGCUGAUGACGCAGCCUCCAACCGCCGAGCCAGCAAGUCGGUCAUCGGUCAUAUCUUUAAAGACGGUCUGUGAAAAUCAUUAGGAUAAUUUCUUUAAAUAAUUGUCUGACCGUUAAAAGCAUGCAAACUGCCAUAUACCAAAUUGAGGGUAUGUUGACAAUGAUUUAUUUCUUAAUAAUAGUCAUUCAUUAAUAGUGCAAAUAAAUAAUGAAAAAUAAAUGAUGGCAUGCUUAACGCCACCUCAAAGCCACGUCGUGAGUCUGAUGGUGACUCGCCAUAAAAGCAUACUCUCAACGGCCGGACUACAGCUGAUGUUGCUUCCAAGAAAAACAUGGAGUGCCUAGUGAUUUUGUUCACAACCGACUUGCUGGCUCCGAUGUUGUUGACUAUGACAUUAACACUGUUGUGACGCAAGUUUCUCGCACCCUUGCCUCUUGUACUAAGUUUAGUCUUAAGAUGCUCGCUGCGACGAAUUCUUUCAAAGCGCCGUCGGUCCGGUCCGCGGGCAAAGGGAAUUGUUAUAACGCCGUCAUCUGCCUACGGCCAGUGGUAACUCGACCUUAUAGUCUAACUUUAGAAAUUUAUAUUAAUAAGAUAUGACAGAGACUUCAUUAGUUUUUAUUGGAAAUAUAGUAUUAUUAAUACGACAAAAUUCAUUUUUAAAUUUGUAAUUUUAAUUAAUCGAACUUGUUCAUUAUUCGAGAAGCUUAGUUAGCUCUCGGUAGGGGCGGACGUAGCUAAGCCCUUGGCAUCGCUGAUGUCCAAGGGCGACCGAAGCCAGUCCUUCGUGGCGUAUUGGUAGUAAAAGGUUCCAAAAUUCCCUCUUUCAGCUGUUGUUGGACAUUAAGGUUCACAUUUAGGAAAUUCGAUAUUUUGUGACUCCGCAAUGUAGUGGUUACAAAAAUCACGAGGUCAAUAAUAGCAAAGCAAAUUUUGCAUUUGAGGUCAUUUCGAUGUGUCUUAUCUGAAGUUGGUCAUCAAAUGGAACAGCUGCCCGUCUGUAUACCGGUCAUGAACUCCCGUAGGUUUUGUUUGUACCAUACGAUUGCGACCUCACGUCUCAAUGUGAGCCACGGCGAUUGUUAUAACAUCCAUAGACCCCGGUAACAUUGUCCAACACAACAAAGACAUAAUAAAUGUACAGUAGGCAGCAGCUUGGCUCCGCCCCUGGUAUUAUUGAAGCUCAUGGGCGACGAUAACCAUCAGGUGGGUCGUAUACUCGUCUGCCAAUAAGGCAAAUAAAAAAAUUUAUAAUUCACUAAGAUUGAUUUUUUUUAUGGAAUAUUAUGACCUGGUAACUAAGACCUUUAAGUCAUGUCUGAUUUUAAUUUAUAUUCUUAUUUUUAUAAAAACGAUAAUAUAGAGUGAAAUGAAACGAAGAUGAUUAAUUUUCAGUAAUUUCAGUAAAACAAAAUAGUUGUACAUUGUUGGCUCCUAAUACUUUAGUAAUUGAUUUUGUAUCCAUUGCCGUUUCGGCUUAGCGUAGAAUUCCCUUGUCGAAUCUUAAAGAUUGUAAACGAAUCUCAUAUGUAAAUUUAGACGUCGCUUUGAAAGAUCUCGACGGAACAAGAAAAUAACUUAUCCGGAAAUUAAAACCAUAGAGCGGGUAGUUUUUCUUAGACACGUUUGCCUCAACUACCGACUUUAUGGUUCUAAUCGCCCGAUAUUGUUCACACUACACAACACAGAUUACAAUACUAGUGCCUUACACUUAAUUAUAAUUAAUCGAAUACGUACUUAGCGAUGUGUAAAAUAUUAUUUAAAAUCGAUACUAGCUAAUAUCGAUUUUUAAAAUUAAUCGGACAACGAUAAUCGUAAUUAUAUUAUAAGAACAAAAAAUUUAAGAAACUUCAACUAAACUUGAAAGUGCCAUAAGCUUAUUCAAAUGUUAUACUUUUAAAACUUCUAAGUUUUAAUUAUAAGGCAGCCGUUUUUAUUACAUACAUAUAUAUAAAUAAACUAGGUUAAAAAAAAUCAUAAGCAAUCUUAAGUAUUAUGUUAUAUUCAAGCUAUAUGAGCCCGCAAUGUAUUUCAAAUUUUGGAGUCCGCGUCAGUGAGGCCAUUGACACUGUCAACUUCGGCUUGUGUAUUGAUAGUUAAUACGACUGUCUCGUUGGUGCAGUGCUUAGCUGGUCUGACUGUUGCGCCGGGGGUCGUAGGUUCGAUUCCCGCAUCGGGCUAACAUUCGUGUGACGAACAGGUUUGCUUGCUCUUCGUCUGCGUAUUUAAUAUCUAUAUAUGUAUAUAUAUAAUUUAAACGUAUUUAUGUAUGUAUGUCAGUCUGUGGUAUCCAUAACACGGUGAGUCCUAAUUCGGGGCUAUUAUUAUUUUUAAUUAUGGUUCCGUAUAUGAAAUUUAGUGUUGAAGUUUUAUUGUGAUAGAAAAAAAAGUCCAUCAUACAUUGCUGGCUCUGCUCGUGUUCCGUUGACAGCCGCGUUCGUUGACCCGAGAACGUUUCGUUUGUGAUACAUUGCUUGCUCACGUACGAUACGCUAAUAUUUGUUUUAAAUCAAUAUUGUUUUCUGCGUAGGCGAUUACUUCAUACGUGGGUAGAUUCAUAAAAUUAAGUUUAAAAAAAAAUUUUAAAUGUUCUAUCAGAUGAUACCGCACGGAAUUGUCUGUCUGUUGGUCUAACUUUAAUGGUCCACGAUUGUCUCCCAUCCGCUUUGCCCGAUUAUAUCUGCCCAUUAUGGAUGGGGCAGUCGUUGUACUAUAUAAGCCGUGUCUCGAAGUGGGUGGUGGGAUUUGCGUUGUUGAUGUCUAUGGGCUCUUAACAGGAAUUAAAAAUGAAACGGAUGUAGAUAUUUGUAAUUAAAAAAAUCUAAAAUUUCCCUGCUCAUUCUUGACAUAGAAGUUACUCAUAUUAUGAUUGAACCGAUUGUAAAAUAGGUAUAUAUAUAAAUAAAUGUGAACACAGUGAUGUGUUAGUGUUCCGAGAUCGCUGUCUCUCUCGCGCGCUCGUCCCUGAUGUGACGUCACACGCGCCGCCCCCUGACUGUGACGUCACAUGGCGCCGCAAUAACUACCCACAAAACAAUUUAAAAACGUUUACAAUCGCUUUUACGAAUCAAUUCUGUAAUUAUAUUCGCGUUGCGUCGAGCGAAGUAUUUGCGCGCUGUCGGCGAAGCACAAGAAUGGUUGUUUCUUUAUUUUUCACUUAAUAAAUAAAUGUAUUAUAUGUAUAUUUAGGAUCUAGAAGAAAAAACAUUAAAAAAAAACAACAACAAUUUAAACAUUACAAAAUUUUUCAUUCUCAAACUCUAAUUCAACAUAGCCAUUGAAAUAAAUCACCAAACAGUCAGAAUACAGAAUAAGCACUUUUGUAUUUAUUAUCUUGAUGGUAAGCACACAUUUACCAAGACUUAAAGAUAAAGACUCGCACAAAUCUUGCUCACGACUACUUUCCCUCACGAACGCCGCCGAACCAAAUGAAUGUUUCGGGUCUUUUUUUCCUACCUAAGCUGAUAGCCUUGAGAGGCUGGUAGCCGAGCUAGAAGUAGGUGAGCUCACGGGGCUCAAACCCGACGUUGUUGCUAACACUGGCUCUAGCAAGAGCAGUGCUUCGCAGAAUCUACCACCGGAUCGGAAACGCGACCCACUGAGAAGAUCCGGCGAGAAACUCAGUGGGCUGUGUCUGUGGGUUAAUGUACUUCGCUACCGUCGCUUGCGACGAAGGGCUCGGCGAGGACGGCGACCAAUGCUUGAGGUACCUAAAAGCACCGUCAAUGGAUCCGGAGAAUCCGUAAUGACGUGUUUAGGGCGACGUCGACUGUUUACCAUUCGGUCCACAGGAUCGGGUGGUGUUUCGGGCAAAUGUGUUGUACCCCUGUACAUUAUUUUUACCCGUCGACCUCUUCCCCCUCUAUCUUUCACUACAAUUUCCAUACAUUUCCUAGUCACAGGCAUCUCCUCUCUACGCAUCACAUGUCCCUAUAUAAAAAAAUAUAUAAUUAUUGGCACAAAUGGUAGGAUCGCGGUUAUACGUUGAGACGUCGAUCUCGGGGUUAGGUAAGCGACUUCUAUUGGCUUCAGAGCUUUUUGAUUGAGAACAGCUCACAUAGCCCACUCUGCACAACUCACUUGAAGCUUCCUUCCUCGAAUACUACUCCAUUAUAUUACAUCUCGUAGCUACAGCCGUCGUAGCUAUGGGUGGACGAGCUCACGGCACACCUGGCGUUAAAUGGUUACCGGAGCCCGUAGACAUCUACAACGUAAAUGUCGCCACAUACCUCGAAACAUGAGUUUUAAGAUCUCAUUUUUAACAGUACAACGGCUGCCCCACCUUUCAAACCGAAACGCAUUACUGCUUCACGACAGAAAUAGGCAGGGCGGUGGUACCUACCCGCGCGAACUCACAAGACGUCCUACCACCAGUAAAAAGACAUGCUUAUUCCACUUCAGAGUCGUCUUAAUAGCCCCUGAUCUGGUAGACGCGUCGAGAAGCGACUAAACAAUAAAGUUUACGUAAAGAUGUCAAUAAAAAUCUUAACGAAACAUAUCGUUAAUAGUUUAGCGGUUUUAGUUCGUUCUUCAUAAUAACAUUAUGAUUAGCGAUUAUUGACGUUGUUAGUUGUAUUAUUUUAGCUUUAACUCGGUUACGAUUUGGUACUUAAAAAUUUAAACGCCGCCUGUCAUCAUGACAGCUGUCACUGUCACUGACAUUGCGGGGAGCGGGUGAAUGUAGCACCUUCAAUGAAAGUCUUCGCUGGAGCUAUAGAGGGUAGAAGUAAGGCCCACUUUCUCGUGUAGGUGUUUCUUGUGUAGAUCACUAUUCUGAGACCCUAGAAAUUAUAUCCCAAGGUGGGUGACGCAUUUACGUUAUAGUUGUCUAUGGGCUCCAAAAACCACUUAACACCAGGUGAACUGUGAGCUCGUCCACCUAUCUAAGCCAUAAAAAAAAGAAAAAUGUGACUAGUUGGGAAAGUGUCCACCUGUAAAAUAGUCAGUUGUCGUUGGAAGACUCGUCGAAAUAGCGCUAGUGUAGCUAGUGGAAAUGAUAUCGACGGUUGAAAGGCAAACGUGACUAAGCGACAAUGCGUGAACUUUACAGUAGACGUAAUUUAAAGUUGAAGUACCUGAAAAAAAUUCUAUUUUAACGAAUCUAACUGUAGGAUUGAAAUGAUUUUAAUAGACCUAGAAAUAUAUAUUUUUUGCGCAUCGAAUAUGGUUAUUGCCUAUCAUUUAUGUACAAAGCUGUUAUUGCCGCUUAGUCACGUUUGCCUUUCAAGCGUCGAUAUGAAUAUAGCAGUCUUAAACAGAAUUGAAGUGUGUUGGGUCGAAGUGAAGUUUGCUAGUUUAUAGCGCUGCAUAUAAAAUCCUUCCACUUGCUACUGUGGCGCCACCUUAAUUGGCUCUCUUUCAACGGACAGUUUUUAACACACUGCAAUGGUGCUUCUACCCUCCAUAGCUAGAGCUUAUAUAGUUAGUAUAAAACAAUGUAAUGUUUGAAUUUAAAGGCAACUUUAUGUGCGACUCAUAUUUAGUAUCGUAUAUCGUAAGGAUCGCUAAUUUGGCGUUUCAUGGCGUUACUGUAUUAGUAUUGAUGUGAACAUCGAUACAAAACAUGAUUUUAACGGAAUGUUUUUGUGUUGAUAUUAAAUUUUAAAGGCUGUCUCGGUGGUGCAGUGGUUAGCGAUCCUGACUGUAGUGCCGAGGGUCGUGGGUUCGAUUCCCGCGUCGAGCAAAGAUUUGUGUGACGAACAUAUUUGUUUGCUCUUCGUCUGGGUGUUUUUUAUCCAUAUAUGUAUUUAUUUAAACGUAUAUGUAUGUUAGUCUCUGGUACCCAUAAGACAAGGAAUCCUAAUUUGGGGCGGGUGACCGUGCGUGAUAUUUUGUACACAUUUUUUUUCUUUUUUUUUACAUGAUGUCUGCGUGAAGCCAUGAAAGACUUGCAUGAUUGUAUUGGAGGUGCUACCGUCUCACUCUAAGCUGUUGUCUUAUUAGUGUAUAUUUUGAAUAUUUCUCAAGUAGCAUACUUGGGCGUUUUAGAAAAACGUUUUCGUAAAAACAACCUCACGAGUAGAUGAAUCGAUUCGAAGCAAUUAAAACCUACACGCAUGAAUAAUCAAAGAUAAUGGACUACCUCUUAAGUUCAGCUUGUACUAAAUGUAAUUAAAUAAAUGAAUGUAAAUAAAUUAUAGUUUGUUAAA